UGAUGUAUGUGAUAAAAAAAAUACAGAAAUAGAAAAUAUUAAUGAUAAAUUGUGUCAGGAUUUCUACUCUAUUGUCUUAUGUCUAUGGGUAGGUAAUUUACCGAGUAAAGUAGGAUUACUUAUUAAUACCUACCAAAGGUAUAUCCAUUGUUGCCUUUGUCCGUUGUCCGUUGGCCAUUGGCCAUUGCCAAAUGCCAAAUGCCAAUGCCAUUUAUUUUUGUGACAGGUUGUGACAUAUGACAGUGUGAAGUGAUAGUGGUAAAAUAAAAUACAAUUAAAAAACAGAAAAAGUAAAUUACUUAUACAUACUUUGCGUUUGGAAUAUUAUGUUUUAUUUAUUAGUCGUUAUUAAUAAAAUGUUGAAAUGAAACUUGAAAUUUUAAAUAAAUGGAAAGGAAAUAGGUAGCUGUUGAAUAAAAUAUCACAGAAUAAUCUAGCAGUAAAUCUUAUCUAAAUUCUAAGAAUUAUACAUAACAAGAAGGGACCACAGCUUUUUACAACGAUAUUUAUUUUCCUUCUCAACUAUGAAUAUUGAAAGUGCUGCAGUAAAUAUUUUGAAACGAGGAGUGGAGUUAGAUACAAAAAAGCGGUACACAGAAGCACUCGUUUGUUAUCAAGAAGGCUUGCAAGUAUUAGUCGAUAAAAUGCGAGAUGAAAAUGAUGAUGCAAAAAAGAGUUAUUUAAGAAAAAAAGUAGAAGAGUACAUGAACAGAGCGGAGACCAUUAAGAGGCUUGUACUGAAGCAGAAAGAGGAGGGCAAGUUCCAUGAGCAAGUGCAGAUAGAGAACAACUCCACUGGCCACGGAUAUAAGACACUAUUUGGAAGGUUCCUUGAUGAAGAGGUGCAAUAUGUAGUUGUUGAAGAUCCUUAUAUCAGGAGUUUUCAUCAGUGUCAGAACUUCCUUCGGCUAUGUGAAAUAUUAGUAAAGUCAUGUGAAAAUCUAAGGAUAAUAAAAUUAAAGACGUCCAAAGAUGGCAAAUCUGAAGCAAAUCAGAAUGCAUGGUUCAUCAAUUUAACAGAUGAUUUAGAGAAGUAUGGAAUUAAACUGCUAGUUGAAUACUCUGAAACAUUGCAUGACAGGCAAAUAAUAUUAAGUUCUGGAUGGAUUAUAAAAAUCGGCAGAGGUCUGGAUUUCUACAAGGCACCAAAUAACAAGUUCUGUCUGGGUGUAUAUGAUUUGGACUUAAGACAAUGUCAUGAGACUACAGUGGAUAUUGUGCAUUCAAAGAAUGUGAAACAAUCUUGUGGAUAACAAAGAUAUAUUUUAGACAGACAGCCUGCAAUAUUCUAGUUGACACUUUUUUUAAAUGGUCUUAAAUAGUUCAUUAUUAUUCUACUAGACUAAAAUUUUUUUUUUCAUAUUUUUUUGAGACUAGCAUGCCGUGAAGAAUCCACAAGCAAUUUGCUCAAAGCUGUUGCAGCUGAUUGCACAAUAGUAAUGAAUUAAAAAAAAAAUUUUUUUUGAGACGUGAUUACAUGUUAAAUAUGUUUUUGACAAUACGAGCAAAAACGCCUGUCGGCCAUGACAGGGUGAUGGAUGGAUGGAUGGAUGGAUGAUCAUAAGGGUGUAUUCAUGAAGACAGGGAACCUCCUUUCUACAUGAAUACAACCUUAUGAUAAGUAGCAAGAAGGUUUCAAUGUUCCAAAACCUCAACCUUCAUAAGAUGAGGGAUGUCAUAUUGAAGGCUAUCAGUCUGUUUUGUGAUUUUUAUACUUUUAUACCUACUGAAGGAUCUUAUGUAUUGUGUGAUAAAACAAACAGAACUUAUCACCUAUAAGCAUUCUCUUUUUAUUUACAAAACAUCUACUGCCUUAUUUAUUAUUUAUAACUCAUGGACUAGGAUUUAAACCUCAAAGUAAAGUGAACUUUAAUCUGUAGUUAUUAAGGUCUACUUUACUUUGAAGAAAAUUUAAGUUAAAAUCUUCAACCAUGAUUAUAAUUACGGGUGAAGUUUAGAAGUUCUGUAAAAAUUAAUCCUUUAUUGCAAGUAUUUUUUUUGUGAUUUCUUAUUUAAUAAUCGGAAUAAUAAUAUGUUAAAUACAUUAUACAUAAGUUAUACUAUUUAUAAUUUAAGAUUUGUCUGAAUUGAUGUUGCUAUUAUGAAGGUUGUGUUAUUUUUAUUCAAACUAAUAAAAAGCACAUACAUUAUAAUUGUUAAUAUUUAAAGGAGUUUUUAACAUAAUAUUUUUGUUGUUGGCAUGGUUAAUUUAUCUCUUUAAGUAUCUUUGACACAACACAUAGGUUAUUAGCCAAAAAAUCCAAAAAAAUAUACCUUUUAUUAAGGUAUAUUUUCCAAUGAAUUACAAGGGAACCUAAUUCGAUUGAAAAUAUAUUUUUUAUUAAAAUUAUUGUGUCCUGUCUAUUCGCACUAUUCUUCUAAGCCUUAAGGCGUAUACACACGAUGUUUUUUUAAACGAGCCGAUGACGCGUGUUGUAAGAUUAGGACACUGGAGACGCAGGCCAAUCUACAUGUUUUGACCAGUGGCGUGCACUUCACGGAUGCAUAAAUGCACUGCCGACCCUAAGGACUCAUCUCGAUCCUGUUAGAGACGAAAUUUUCUAUUUUGUACAUUUUGUACGUACAGUGCUGUCAUAAUAUUUAAAAAUAAUUUAUGUGUCAUAUUUCGUGUCACUAUGUCUACAAUUUUAAGUUAAUUAAAACCAAGAUUUUCUUUGGUGUUUCUUUAUUACAAUUUAAUUAACUUAAAUGUUUAUAUAAUGCAGAAAGAAGAAGAACUUACAUGGCAUGAUGCACCUUCACAGAAUCUCAGUCGCUACCUGAAGCCAGACAGAUUUGAAGCUGAACCUGGUAAUGUAAAUGCCGAUUUAAAAUGGAUCCAUUGGCGAUUUACAUUCGAAAAUUUCCUACAGAAAGAAAUAUCGAAUUGUGCUGACGAAAACUUUGAAAUUCAUGCUUUUAAUAAAUCACCUGUCACCCAAAAAUUUUUCCUUUGUAAGAAAUUGUGGAUCUUAUAAUGAUGCCUAAUGAUGCAAUAGAAUUACUAAAUAAAAUAUUCGUAAAACCUAAAAAUAUAAUCUUAGAUAUAGAUAUACGCUAACAUCUAGACAACCAUUAGAAGAUGAAUCUAUUUCCGAUUAUGCAAGAGCAUUAAAACUUCUUACUUACGACUGUGAAUUUCAAGAUGUAACAGCGAAAGAACACGCAGAUCAAACGGUUAGAGGAGUUUUUAUAGCUGGAAUAUCUUCAAAAAAAAUUAGAGAGCGUUUAUUAGAAAAUAUAUCUCUCACAUUGGAUGAAGCUCUAAAUCAGGCAGUCACACUUGAAAUUGCGGAGAAAAUGCACUACUCAUGGGAAGUACUCAAAAUCAUACUACUCAACUUAACGCUUUACCUGCCCAAAAACAAAACAACUUACAGAAUUUUAAUUUUGAGGCUCGAAAUAAUUUACCGCAACGAAGACGUUGUUUCUUUUGUGGUGGCACUGUUCAUCAAAGGAUCAAAUGUCCUGCCUUCAAGGCAGAAUGUCAAAAUUGUUUUAAAAAAGGCCAUUUUUCAAACGUUUGUAGAAGUGCAAAGCAAGAAAUAACAAAUAGCAUGUCUAUAAAUCAGAAUGAAAGUAAUACCCACGGUUCUGCAACUUUAGCUGCUUUUCCUAGUAGUCUAAUUAAAGCUACAAUCCCUAUUACUAUUAAUAAUACUCGAGCUGAAGCAUUGAUUGAACCUAGCGUCUCUCCUUGGCGAGCUCAAGUUCUUGUAACAGGUGGUGGAUCUCAUCGCAAACGGUUGGUAGUUGACUAUUCACAGACUAUAAACAAAUUUACAUGUUUGGAUGCCUAUCCUUUGCCAAACAUCGAAAAUAUUGUCUCCAAAGUAGCCAAAUAUAAUUAUUUUAGUCAGAUUGAUUUACGUAGUGCAUAUCACCAAGUUCCGAUACUAGACAAUGAAAAAAAAUUCACUGCUUCUGAGGCGUGCGGAAACUUAUACCAAUUCACAAGAAUUCCCUUUGGAGUUACUAACGGGGUAGCAGCUUUUCAGCGUGCACUUCAAUUUAUCAUUGAUACAGAAAAAUUGAGUGGUAUUUAUGCAUAUUUUGACGAUAUAACUGUGUGUGGAAAAGAUAAAGCUGAGCAUGAUGAAAAUUUAAAGAAAUUUACGACAGCUGUUUAUAAAUAUAAUUUGACACUUAAUGAAGAUAAAUGUAAAUUUUGUACGAAUUCUAUAAAUUUUCUAGGUUAUAAUAUCAAGAACAAUAAUAUUAAACCAGACUACGAAAGAUUAAAACCUCUGGUCGAACUACCACUUCCCACUAAUUCUAAUGAGUUGAAAAGAGUUAUGGGUUUAUUUGCACAUUAUGCAAGAUGGGUAAGCAAAUUUUCUGAAAAGAUACAACCCUUGGUUAAUGUAUCCUGCUUUCCAUUAGAUGACACAGCUAAAGAAGCUUUUGAAAAUAUAAAAACUGAUAUAAAAAUGUCUUCUCUUCAUGCUAUUGAAGAUAAAGAAAUAUUUAGAAACAGACGCAUCUGAUCAUUCUCUAGCUGGUACUCUAUCACAAAAAGGACGGCCAAUAGCCUUCUUUACUAGAACACUUUCUGACGCAGAACGUAAACAAUCUUCAAUUGAAAAGGAGGCUUGUGCAAUAGUAGAAUGUCUUCGUAAAUGGCGACACUAUCUGAUAGGAAGAAAUUUUUUGCUAAUUACGGAUCAACGUUCUGUAGGAUUCAUGUUUAAUCAGAAGCACUAAGUACUACUAAGUAAAAUCAAGAACGAGAAAAUUGAACGGUGGAGACUUGAAUUGUCAUGUUUUAAAUAUGAAAUUAUUUAUCGUCCCGGAAAUGAAAACACCGUUGCUGACGCGUUUUCUAGAGUUUGCGCUAGCUUAAAUACUAAUUAUCUUCGUGAAUUACACGACUCACUAUGCCACCCUGGUGUGACAAGAAUGGCACACUGGAUACGAACGAAAAAUUUACCAUUCUCAAUAGAUAAUAAUAGGGAAGUUAUUAAUUCCUGCCCUAUAUGCGCUGAAUUAAAACCUCGGUUUUUGAAAACAAAAGGGCAGCUUAUAAAAGCUAUGGCACCAUUUGAAAGGUUAAAUAUCGAUUUUAAAGGACCUUUACCCAGUAAUACAAGUAAUAAAUACUUGUUUACCGUUAUAGAUGAAUAUAGUAGAUUUCCUUUUGCUUAUGCUUGCAAAGAUGUAACGGCAGCUACUGUAAUUAAAUGUUUGAAAGAUAUUUUUCACACUUUCGGUACACAUUUAUAUAUACACAGCGACAGAGGAUCCGCCUUUAUGUCUGCUGAAUUUUCCGAAUUCCUGAAUUCCCUUGGAAUAGCAUGCAGCAGGACGACACCAUAUAAUCCUCGUGGAAAUGGUCAAGUGGAGCGAUUAAAUGGCACGCUAUGGAAGGCUAUCCAACUCGCACUCAGGUCUAAAAAUUUACCGAUAGAUCAUUGGGAAAACGUUCUGCCGAUGGCAUUACACUCAAUUCGUUCACUUUUGUGUACAUCUAUAAAUACUACCCCACACGAGCGGUUAUUUAUACACCCCCGGAGGUCCGUUACAGGAGAAUCCUUGCCAACAUGGCUGAUACCUGGACCAAUUCUAAUGAAAAAGAAUGUACGUAACAAAAAUGAUCCAUACGUCGAAGAAGUGGAGUUGCUACAAAGCAAUCCCCAUUAUUCGUUCAUUCGACAAAAGGACGGACGAGAGUCUACAGUGUCUAACCGCCAGUUAGCACCUUUUCCUCAUCCAGUUUUAGAUGAAACUGUUGUUACUAAUAAUAAUAAUAACUCCCAGAUGACUCAAAACGUAGAGGAACUUAAUACAGAUUCAACUAAUCCUCAGCAAGAUUCUUCAUCAGGAAAUGAAAACUCUGAAGUUGGUUCUACACAAAACUUUAUUAGAAGAUCGGAAAGGUGCAGACGACGACCAAUUUACCUUAGUGAUUAUAGUUGUGUGACUGUGAUGAGUAAUGACAAAGAGAAAAAAACAAUAAGGGGAGUGAAUGUCAUAAUAUUUAAAAAUAAUUAAUGUGUCAUAUUUCGUGUCACUAUGUCUGCAAUUUUAAGUUAAUUAAAACCAAGAUUUUCUUUGGUGUUUCUUUAUUACAAGUGCAUACCCUAGUUAAAGACUUUGUGCACGCCACUGGUUGUGACAUUUGCAUAGUAGCGAUGCAAACUCAUACAAUCAGCUCUUUGAAAUACGAAGAAAUAAAAUAUUUAAGUUCGUUUAAAUUGCGUCGUGUGUAAAGGGCCUUAGAUCGUAAGUAUCUAUGAAUUAUGAUGACACCUUUGUCAUUUUAUUUGGUCUAUGGUAUGGUAGGAGUUUCAACCUGUGUGGUUUUGGGAGCUAGCAGGAUUCAAGGGUCCAGACCCUCAAUUUACUUUAUAAAAAUAAAUUGGAAAACACAGAUUAAAGAAUAAUAGGCAGAUUGAGCGCUCAAAACACGGCGCAGAUGUCAAGCCGACGCGUAACGCGUUUGUUUUUUAUGGGUUUCACCGGCUUCACUGCACUGCUUGUAUCUAUACAAGCAGCGCAUUCUGUAUCAUUCUCUAUUCUGUGUUGAAAAAUGAAUCUUUUCACGAUUGAGUCACUAGAUAUAAGAAAACAAUUGUCGAAGUAGCCUUUUCUUAUAAACUGCAGUUUACAGCAGCAAACAUGGUAUUUGAUCUAAUUUUAUUAUUGACUAGCUGACGCCGCGCGGUUUUACCCGCGUGAUGCCCGUUCCCGUAGGAAUACGGGGAUGAUAUAUAGCCUAUAGCCUUCCUCGAUAAGUGGGCUAUCUAACAUUGAAAGAAUUUUUCAAAUCGGACCAGUAGUUCCUUAGAUUAGCGCGUUCAAUCAAACAAACAAACAAACUCUUCAGCUUUAUAAUAUUAGUAUAGAUGAUUUGAAAAACUUAAGUAAAAUAAAACAAUAUAUUUUUAUAAUGAUCGAUAUACUUUAUUUGUAAACAUAACAAGGGUCACCCCAAAUGUACUGUUAUAAUAUAUUUUUACAAUAUUACAAUAUGGUAUGUAAUAUUUACUUACGAGGUAAACAAGUUUUUAAGUAGACGAUUAUUUUAUGCUUAUAAGUAUAAAAUACAAGUAUGAUCAUACAUUUAUAGAAUAAAUUAAUAAAUUGAUUAUCAAAUUACAAAUUUCAUACAAUUUAUCGCAACUUACAUAUACCAAAAUCGACUUUUUCAAGGGCUUUAUUUGAAAAAUACCAUUUAACUUAACUCGAAAAAAUCACUUUCAAGGUCAUAACUUGGGUCUAAAUUAGAUAAAUGUCCUACAAAAAAACUUUGACUACAUUGGGUUUCCAUUAUAGUCCUAAGUAUAGAUUAAUUUUGUCAAUGUUUUUUCCUAAAUAGCUCAAAUAGUAUGAAAGUUAGGAUAUUGUUUAUAUUCUAAUUGCUUAAGGAAAUGGAAUGCUUAAAAUGACAAAAAGUUCAAUAUUAUUGACAUCUGCUGUUUAUUCACUAACUCGGUCGCUUUUGAUAUUGCUUUUUACCAAACAUUUUUUAUUUUGUUGAAAAAUUUGCAAUGUAAAAUGUACUGAUUGUCCAACAGGCUUGGUUAACAUAAUGCUGUGAAAUACAAAUAAGUUAGUGAAUAACACAGCUAAUAGGAAUAAGUAUGCUCACCAGCUAAGUUGGUAAUUUCACUUUGUGUUAAUUGACAAAAUAUUUUAUUGUUGCUAAGAUUCCCAAAAAUAAUAUAUUUAUAAUAGAUUUAA